UCGUUAGUAACCACCAACUCCAUCAGUCUCAUUUCUCUCCGACCUUCACUUUUCUAUCUAUUUUCUUUCUCCACUUUAGAUUAUAGAUAACACAUUUUUUGUUGAAGAUUAACAACAAUGGGUAUCAAAGUUCUGUAUACCAUUUUCAUUUUUGUUAUUUUCCUCCACUUUUCUCCUGCAGAAAAUCAUCCAACCCAUCAGCAUAAGGGCCAUACCCAGCCUCCAAGUCCAAGCCCACUAUCCUCAUACACCUUGCCUUCGUAUGGUUUUACCCAAGGAAGUCUCCAGCCUCAAGAAUGUGGAACAAGAUGUGCUUAUAGAUGUUCAAACACACAGUAUAGGAAGCCAUGCUUGUUUUUCUGUAACAAGUGUUGUGCCAAGUGCUUGUGUGUGCCUACUGGUACUUACGGCAACAAACAAGCUUGCCCUUGCUACAACAACUGGAAGACCAAGAGGGGUGGUCCCAAAUGUCCCUAAACUUAUACGGAGUACAACUACUACUCUUUUAACGCAAGCUCACCCUAUAACUCUAAGUCUAUUAUUCUUUCAGUAAUUCAGAGUUGAGCUUCGUAUGUUCCCAAUUUCAGGAAUAGCUUUCCUAACAAAUAUUGUUGCUUUCCUAAAGUCUCAAACUCGAGAAAUUGGUUAAGCCGGAACAAUUCUCUUAUCAUUUGAUCCAAACACUUGUACGUUAAUCCUCGUCUACUUACCUAUACUUCUAUACUUUUUUAUUUUCACUAUUUUGACAUUUCCUCCAUGUCAUGCAUGUUUCUUAAUAUAAAAUGUCCCUAUCAAUAAUGUAAUAUGAUGUAUUGUUAUGUUUAUAAGGAUGUAAUUUGGGAAUUAAGAUUAUAUUAUGUGGAAUAAAAGUUUUGUAACUUUGUCGUGGCUAA